CAUCUUCAUUCUGUUCUUCACACGUUUACGUUGUUAUUAAUUUAUUUCCUAGUCGAAACUUGUUAAGUAAGUUGGCUUACAACAAAACUCGUUUAAGAAAAGUCGAUAAACGAAAUGAAUUCGGUAGAAAUCUCUAGUUUUAUCCCCAAACUUGGUCUAGUCGUAGUAGGAAUUGUGUUGGUUGAAUGCACUCGGCGAGGCUUGAAUUACCUGCAGCGAAAAAAUUCAAAGCCAGUGAUUAGACAAGUGAUUUUCUUUCCUGAUAAACAAAUUGCCUGUAAAGACUUUUUCGAUUCAGUCGAAGGCUGUUCGAGGAUUCGCUGCGAUUUCAGCCACACAACAACUGGCUUCAGGCAACUACUUUCCCACAUCAAGUCAGCAAGGAAAUCUAUCGACAUUGCUGUUUACUGCAUCUCUUGUUUUGAGAUUGCAGAUGUUGUGUUGCAACGUCACAAAGUUGGAGUCAGAGUCAGAGUGAUUACAGACCAGAGCAUGGAGAUAGCUUUCGGAUCCCAGAAUCACCGUUUUAUGAAAGAUGGGAUCAGGGUACAUACCAACAAACCCCCAUUUCUAAUGCACCACAAGUUUUUUAUUAUUGACGAUGAGCUGCUUUGCUCUGGGUCCUUCAACUGGACUUCACAAGCUGUCACUGGUAACAACGAAUCUGUCAUAAUCACUAAUGAUCCCUGGACCGUUGAACCUUUUUGUGCUGAAUUUCAAAAAUUGUGGCAAGAAACUAAGCCUGGAAAUUAACUCUUGGGGACUUCUUCUUUACCUCUUAAAGGGACCUUGAAUUUUUGUUUGCCAAAAUUUCACUUAUAGCACUUGCGAUUCCGAUACCUGCUCAGAGACAGUAGAACUCCAAUAAGUUCUUGAAUAAAUUCUUUAACUAUUUUCAUGAUCAACAAUAGAACUACAUUGAAUUUUAAAUAUUUUAAAUGUCCAACGAUAGAACUCCAACGAUUUUAAAACUAUUUUCAUGUC